AUUAACUAAUAUACUACUGAUUACGUCCUGUUUGGGUGGGCUUAUCUUUGUCAAAUCUCCGCCAUCUUCUUCACUUACUUCGCCACUGACAAUGGCGGCGUCCGCCCUGAGAAUUGCACUCAACCCCUACUCUAACGACGUUGUUGCGCCCCGCCCCGCGUACUCUUCCAGCACUGUCAAGAUCGCAACAUUUUCCGAUAGCAGUAACAGGACUCCUCUUUUCUCAUCUUCAACUUUGAGCAAUUGUGAAAAUAGUAAUCAUGCAAACAGAUUCUCGCCCGUUCGAGUUUCCCGCUCCAGUCGGGUCUCCGGGUCGGACUUGCACACAUUCGACGUGGUUAUCGUGGGAGCGGGUAUUAUCGGGUUGACCAUUGCUCGCCAAUUCCUCCUCCGAUCAAAUCUCUCCGUCGCUCUGGUUGACGCUGCCGUUCCCUGCGCCGGCGCCACUGGUGCAGGGCAGGGCUACAUCUGGAGGGUUCACAAGACUCCGGAUAGCGAGAAAUGGGAGCUGGCAAUGAGAAGUCAUCAGUUGUGGGAGGCUCUGGCUGAGAGCAUUCAGAAUCAAGGCAUGGAUCCUUUACUGGCACUUGGGUGGAAGAAGACAGGAAGCAUGCUAGUUGGUAGAACUGCACAGGAGUGUUCUCUGCUGAUGAGGCAGGUGAAGCAGCUAGCAGAUGCUGGCCUAGGUGCAGAGUUCUUGUCUCGUGAUGAUUUACUGUCAGAAGAACCUGCUCUUAAGCUUGGAGAGGAAUGCGGUGCAGCUUUUAUGCCCGAUGACUGUCAAUUAGAUGCUCGAUGUGCUGUUGCAUUUAUCGAGAAGGCUAACAGGUCUUUUGAAGCUGAAGGGAGAUACGCUGAGUUCUAUUAUGAGCCAGUAACCAGUUUAUUAAGAAAUGAGAGCAGUGGGGAGGUUGAGGGAGUUCAAACUUCCAAAAAUACGUUGCAUUGUGAGAAAGCUGUUGUCGUUGCAGCAGGCUGUUGGAGUGGUUCGUUGAUGCACGACCUUAUAAAAAAUUCUGAAAUUGAGUUAGAUCUCCCAGUAAAGCCUCGAAAGGGUCAUCUGCUUGUUCUUGAGAAUUUCAACUCUCUUAACCUUAAUCAUGGGCUUAUGGAGGUGGGAUAUGUCAAUCAUGAAUCUGCAGUCCUAUCGUCUACUACAUCGGAUUCAAGGACUGGAUAUGAUGAUACUGCAUCUAUUUCAAUGACAGCUACCAUGGACAUGUCAGGAAGGCUCGUUCUUGGAAGCAGCCGCCAGCUUGUCGGGUUCAACACUGAUAUCAGUGAAUCAAUCAUCCAUCGAAUAUGGGAGAGGGCACGCGAGUUCUUUCCUGUACUAAAAGAAGUAUCUUUGAAAGAUUUGAAUAAAAGCAGAGAAGUAAGAGUAGGCCUGAGACCUUACAGUAAGUUGCCUGGUGGAAAGCCUGUAAUUGGUCCUGUGCCUGGAUUAUCAAAGAUGUUGCUUGCUGCUGGACAUGAAGGAGAAGGACUCUCACUGGCUUUGGGGACUGCAGAAAUGGUUUUCAACAUGGUGUUGGAAAAUCCGCAAAUAGUAAACCCCGCCCCCUUCUCCCUGUAGCUUUCCUCUCCCUCUCUCUCUCUCUCAGUGCCACAGAAGCAGAACACAAGUCGCGUCCCAAUUUUGUGUCCAAAAAUUUCUCAUAGGAUUGUGAUCUGUUUGAUUCUUCCACUUCCACUGGACUAUUUCAACUCUACAGGAAUCUCUUAGCAAACGUUACUGGCGGACAAGAAGGUCAAAACGUAUUCCUCCUCGAAAUUCGGAUUUGGACAUUGUGUUUUCUUUCUUUAGGAAGUCUUUGAUUAUAAAUCAACUUUACUUUCAUUAA